AUGGCCAAAGCAGAGUUGAUAUCAGUUGCCUUUGUGUGCCGUCAUCAGGAGGGAAUCUGGAAUGGUGUGAGUUCUGACCAGUUUGGCGAGCAAACUGCCUUUAGAAUCGGUAAAGGUGGACUGAAAGGUAUGACCCUUUCUCCAGAGAUGGUUGCUGAAUGGAUCGAUUCGUUUCCCAUCACUGCCUACAUCUCUGAUACCAUGCAGCAUUUAUAUCCUGCUGAUGCAAGUGAAACACGAAAUGUUCCACGUCACAAGGAGGAAGGACAAAAGCGGAGAGAAAUGGAUGCCGAUGAUCGACGAAGAAUCUCAAUUGAGCUAUCUAAAAUGUCGCAUCCGUUAGAGAAUCAAUCGCCACACCUGUAUAACAUCGCAAACGGUAGCUUUGCUCCCCCAGAGUCCCAGAUCAAUGUUGCAGAAUCAGUCAGCAUUGGCAAAAAGAUGGUUUCGGAGUUCAGGGCAUCUCUUCCCUCUGGAUUUCAUGCUACAAUUUCAAGUCCUCUCAAGACCAUGGAAAACAUAAAGAAAGGUGUGAAAGUGGGCGACAAGAAGAUAUUUGACCUGGAAACAAUCUUCCUUAGACUGUUGACCAUUGGACAGCAGCGACAGAUGGAGUUAGCACUCAUCUUUCAGUAUGAGUUGUGCCCCAUACCUCCUUCUCUCAUCGACGAGUAUGGCUGCUUGCGAAAAGGGAGCAAGGCACCACUGGCUCACAAACUCUGUGUACAGACAGCGCGACCAUGUCCACCUGAUCUCACCAUAGUUGAUGUGAGCCAACUACUCUACCGCAUCGUCUGGCCAUGCAGGGGAGAUGCAUCGAUAAUAGUGGAGUCUAUCAAGACCAGAUUAUCAUCUCGUCCAGGCAAGAAAGUCUUAGCAUUUGACAAAUAUCAUGAAAUUUCUGCAAAGGACCACGAACGCAUGCGACGUGCUGGCCUCGGCUCCAUCAAUUACGACCUCACCAUCAACACACCACUACCCAAACGAGAUGCCAUCAUGAGAAAUAAGCACAACAAGCUGCAACUCUCAAAAGUACUCAGCACCUACAACUUUGGCAAAGAUGUUACCGUGGAAAGCCGCAGCGAUGGUAUAUUCGCCCAUGAUGAAGCAGAUAUAACAAUGAUUUCCUACCUACUCAUGGCUGCCAAAUCCGGCACGGAAGUUGUCCGCGUUCUCUCAGAUGACACCGAUGUGUUCGUGCUGCUCGUGUACUGGGUAUACCGACACCAAAUCCAAGCAACAGUGCAUAUGGAGCGGUGGGAUUUAAUUUAA